CUUCCACCACACCCUCUCUUCUUCGUUCGGGAUCCUCAAGUCCGUGUGAAAACAACAACGAACACUGAACAACAACAACGAACACGAUGUUGCUUGAGACCAAGUCCUCCACUAUACUCGGCUUGGGGGUGGCGAUUUUCAUCACCUGCCUCAUCGCCAAGCUGUUUGAAAGGUCCCCUGUUCCUGAAGGAAUCCCCUGGAUUCUGAGCAAGAAAGGAUUCUUUGGUCGGGCCACUGAGCGCUUCAUUGGUGUCAACCCCAUCGCUUUCAUCAAGGAUGGAUAUGAAAAGUACUCCAAGAACAACAAACCGUUUGUGAUGCCGAGCGUGAACGAAGGUGACGAGGUCUUGCUUCCUAUCAAGGAAUCGAACGCCAUUCUCUUUGCCAAGGAGACCGAGUUCAGUUUCAAAGCCCAUAUCCUAGAUUUCUUUCAGCUUGCAUACACAAGUUGGCCCCUUGCCUUCGCGGAGAAGUACGACUUUUAUGUCAAACUUAUCAGCAAGGAUCUAUCGGAGACCCUGAGGACCCCGUCUGUUGCCGCGUCUCUGGCCGAGGAGGCGCGUGCCUGCCUGUCUGAGCUCUGGGGCGAAGACACCGAAAAUUGGGUGCAAGUUCCUCUGUAUUCGUUUAUGGAAAAGACUGCCGGCCGAAUGAUCAACGUGCUCGCAAUUGGGCCUGGCAACAGUGAUGACAAGGCUCUUUUGGCGGCCCUGACACACUGCUCCAAUGCUAUCGUCUUCGGUGCGAAUGUUAUCAAAGCCUUUCCAGCUUUCCUCCAUCCGGUCGUUGGCCCUCUCGUCGGACUGGUCAACCGAUACUAUGAGAGAGUGUUCCAUGCUCAUCUGAAACCCAUCAUCGAGAAAAAGAUUCAGGACCAGAAGGAGGCUUCUCACCCUGACGUUCUGAAGCAGACCCUCAAGACAAAAGGAUCCCUGUUGGACCUGCUCAUCCAGGCCGGUAUGCGGAGCAAAUGGCCUAUGGAGCUCACUACCAUGUGGCUGGCAUAUCGCAUUUUCAUGAUUAACUUCCCUGGUGUUCACACUAGUGGUGUUUCAGCUACCAGUGUCCUUCUGGAUAUUCUCAGCUAUUCCGAUGAGAACCUAGUUGGUCUCCUUUGCGAGGAAAUCCAAUCCAUCUCCUCGGACGGUUCUUGGACUGCUGAAGAUCUUCAAAAGGCUGUUUUGCUUGAGAGUGCUGUGAAGGAAAGCCUUCGGCUGAAUGGUAUCAAUGCCGUCUCUCCUACUCGAAAGGUCGUGGCUCCCAACGGUCUUAAACUUGGCAACGGACUUCACCUGCCAUUCGGUACUAAGGUCGGCAUCCCGCAGUACGCCCUGCACCGCGACCAGGACAUCUACCCCUCUCCGGAUCAGUACAACCCUUUCCGCUUCUAUGCGCCCCACACCCCGACCGAGGAGAGACGCAACAGCCUGAUCACUGCAACCAGCGAUACCUAUGUGGUCUUCGGACAUGGUCGUCGCCAGUGCCCUGGACGCUGGAUCUUUGCUCACAUCUUCAAAGUUCUCAUGGCCGAGAUGCUGCUCAAGUAUGACAUCCAGCCCAUGCAGACGCGCCCCAAGAUCCAUAGAUGGGGCCGAUUCCAGCUUCCGCCAGUGACCACAAAGCUCACUGUCCGCCGCAAGAAGGACGUCAUUGUUUGAUGUCCGAGCGAGGCUCGAGUCUGUAGAAAAAAGAGUUGUGCAAGGAGGGUGUAAAAGGUGGUGUGCCAUCGAUGAAGUAAGGAAAAUGCUCUUGGGUACCAUUUCUGUCAUUUUACUGUUGUCUUGAUCUUGCCUUUGUGUAUUCUUGUACGGGGGCAAUGUCCACUUCUUGGGAUGUGGGCUGGCCCCAGAUGUCUUGUAAAGAGGAACUGUGAACCAGAACGAAGCAUAAGUCAGCAAGUCACAAAAUAAGCCUGUUCUAGAACUGUAUCAGAGCAAGUUUUGAAUUGUUAACCAUAUCAAUUUGA